UCCUCACCUCCACCUCCAUUCGUGACAGUAGGAUCUGACCACAACUGGACCCAGCAGGUUUGAUGGCUUGGUAUCAGUUUUACGGUUCUGAGGAUGCUGACUGGUUCCCAACGGUGGAGGAGCCAGACCUGUGGUUUCCUGAUCCUCCUCCCACAAGGUCCAGGAGGAGGAGGACGUCCAGGCACCAGGGGCGGCAGCCCAUCGAGUACAUGACGUCAAAUGAACUGGUGGGAAUGCUCCUUGGACUGGACACGGAGCCUGAGCCGCUGGAAUAUCCAGAGUGGUCGCCGUUCUGGGGAACCAGACUGGCGAUUAGCCCAAAACCACUGGGGCAGGCCAGGUCUCGGAGGUCGACACCAGCUCCUCGGUCCACGUCUCGAGUGACGCCAUCAGCUCCACGGUCACGGGUGUCGUCACGGGCUCCCAGGCCCACGCCUCCAGUUCCAGUGCCCCAGCUCUCCACGCCUGCUCCCAGGUCUGCUCCAGCUCUUCAGCGUCCCACACCUGCCCCGAGGUCCUGCCCUGCGCCGCGGCGUCCGACGCCAGCUCCGAGGUCCUGCCCUGCUCUGCAGCGUCCCACGCCAGCUCCGAGGGGGUCUCGGGUCGAGACGCCCCUUACCCACUACUGGUGCCCGACCCAGAGCUCCAGUCUGCCCGUCCGCCGCCAGGGCUCCGGACUGGCCGUCCGCCGCCAGGGCUCCGGUCUGCCCGUCCGCCGCCGGAGAUCCGGUCUGCCCGUCCGCCGCCGGAGAUCCGGUCUGCCCGUCCGCCGCCGGAGAUCCGGUGGCUCCCCCUGA